CGUGGCGGUGUGGCCGGAGUCCCUCGUGGAGACCGGCCCGGCGGUGAGGGCCCACGGCGCCAUGCACUGGCUCCGGUGGCCGGACAGGAUCACCGGCGGGGAGGACAUCUUCGCGUUCGACAUGAAGACCGACAGGUGGCGGCUCAUCGGCCUGCCACCGGAGGCCAGCGAGAAGAGGUGGGCGCGCAAGAAGGUGGCGGCGGUGGAGGGGAAGCUGUGCCUGGUGGUGGUGGCCGACGAGGAGGUGGACAUUUGGGUGCUAGCCAGCUACAGGGAGGAGAGGUGGGAGAAGAAGAUGACGGCGAGCAUGGCGAGGCUGGCCAUGGAGGAAGGCAACUCGCUAAUACUCAGAGAUCUCUACACUUCUCACGUUGCCCUCUUCAACAGCGUCUAUGCUGUGCUUUGGUAUGAUUUUUUGAAUGGAAAGAUAGCGCAAGUGCCGGUGCGAUACAAGUGCAUCCAACAAGUCUUCAAAUUUGAGUCAGAUUUGGUCCCUUGUGAGAUACUUGAUGAAAGGCUGGAUUCCAUCUCCUGAUUUCAUUAAGCUUCUAAACUGGACCGCAAGACCGGAUAUGACGAUGUCGACAAAUUGAAUUAGUUUCUCAUGUUUAGUUUUUUCCCCCCUCAAAUCCACCUGUUUAAGAAACAUUUUGAGAUAUAAUUAGGGCCGUAGUAUAAUGGUGGUGUUUGAGAUAGAAGAAUUAUCUAAUUACCGUGAUAGCAAUUCGAGGGUACGAACGGCUGAAUUAAGUACUAAAAAGUUAAAAAAAGUUUAUUUCAAAUGGUCAAAUGAAAAACUUUUAGAUAGUAUUUUUUUACGAAAUGUAUCAUUUAAGAGUUUGAAAAUUGUGACGACAAAAAUUCCAUAAUUCAUCAUACGGAUCAAAUGCAACCGAUAGGGCUGGAUGCUUGGGUUCGUCUUUAAUUUUGGCAUUGACAAAUUUUGGUAAUUUGGU